UCUCUCGGUUUCCGUUUCCGUGACCCGAGGUUGCUAAGGGCCGCUUUGAGUUGCCAAGAGAGGCCUAAUUUAGGCCUAGUUUGAGAGGCAAUGGCGGGCAGCCGGUUGGAGAAGUUCGGAACAAUCUUUACCCGGGUGCAGAACUUGCUACGCUCCGGGGCUAUGCGCGAAUCCCAGAAACCCAUUUGGUACGAUGUUUACGAGGCUUUCCCUCCCUUGCGGGAGCCCACUUAUCGCAAUAUUCGCCCGUUAGUGGGAAAGAUAACAGAUACAGUGCCCCCCAUACUUUACCCGGAGGAUCAGAUCAGAGCGAAAUUUUAUGAAGCCUAUGGAGCUGGUUCAGGUAUAUUUGAACUAGCAAGAUCAAAUUAUAAAUCUCCCUGUCAGAGGUUUGUUGAGAAAUACAAUGAACUGAAGAAGAAGCAGGGAGACAUGGACGAAGACCUACUAUUUGCAGAAACAGGGAAAGCACUUUUGGCAGAGGGCCUGGUUUUAUCAAGAAAAAGCAAAAAGGUUGCUCCGAUGCCUCCAUCGACCAGGCCUGUAUUGGAGCUUCAAGAGAUACUUCAACAAGAGGAGGUCAGCACAGAAAAUCCAGAGCCAAAAACAGAGCCCAGCGAAAAGCCAAAGGAAGAAUCCUCCUAAUAACUCUGUGAUUCUAUUUCGACCAGUUUUUAUUGACUGUGUGACUUUUUGACAGAAAGACUCAUCUCAAUGUUCUGAUUUUUCUCCUCGUUAGGAAUGCUGAACGUACAAGAACUGUCUUAUGGCAUGCUUCGGCAAGUCAGAUUCCCUAAAGCGCAUGUUUCAGCAAAUGGUGGAUUUGAUUAUUAAAAUCGUUCUCUGGAAAC